CCAACCGGCCUCUCUAUGCUGAAAACGCUCACAGAGGACGGGUUCGCCGUUACGCUUUACGAGCGGCGCAGCCAGGUCGGCGGAUUAUGGGCUUACACUGAUAAUUCAUCAUGGACUACGGCACUGAAGAGUAAUGUCAAGUCUAAAUACACAUGCGGCUUCUCUGAUUUCCCUAUGCCUGACAAAAAUUCGUCCCACAUGAAUGUGUUCGAAUGGCAGAAAUAUAUGGAAGACUAUGCGUGCCAUUUUGACGUGCUCAAGCAUUGUGUGUUCAACACCUCCGUUCAUAAAGUGCACCGCAAUGCCGACGACAUGCGAUGGGCUCUGGAACUUGACGCCAUUGAAAACAAAAGAGUUGUUGUUCUUGGUCUCUGCGGCACUUCGGGCGACAUAAUUCCAACUCUGAUGCCUGUUGCAUCGCGUGUCUGGGUUUCACAUCGCCGCGGAUCAGUUUUUCCUCAUUAUAACAAGGUCUGGGAGAGAGUAUUACCAUUCUUGCAGCAUGGGAGUUUGACCUUACUGAAAGGACUUACAAAGUUCGUGGGCCGAAAAAGCAUCCAGUUUGCCGAUGGGACAGUUCUAGAAGAUGUUGAUGUUGUGAUUUUGGUGACCGGAUACGAGGCGGACUUUUCACUCCUGAGCCCAGAUAUUGUUGAGCGCAGUCGAAUAAAGCUAGAGUGGUACCAGGGACCAGAUAUUUACCGGCUUUGGAUGAAUUUGUUUCCAUCUCGCUGGGCUGACUCAGUAGCUGUACUCAACUACAGCACAUUUGAAGAACAAACGGGUUCAGCUUCGCUGACAUGA